UUGCACCUUCAUUCGGUUAACCGGAUUCCAGAACAGUACAUCAAAAAGAGGUGGACAAAAUCUGCCAAGUCAUCAGUUUGGAACAAAUUAGAAAAUGAAAAACCAGAAGAGGUGCAGUACACACCUUGGCGCCAAACCAUGGCUAGGAAAUACUACAACCUUAUCUUGAAAAGCCAAUCAAAUGAGGAGACAAGAACCCUUAUGGAGGAUGGUUAUGCCGCUAGUGUGUCUCUGGUUGAUGAACUUCUAGCGUCAUUAAAUGUUUCAAACACUGACGACGCUUCAACCACAGAAACAAGUGCAACAGCAGCACCUGAAACAAGUGCAACAGCAGCACCUGAAACAAAUGCAACAGCAGCAUAUGAAACAAACUCAGCACCAGCAGGUACUCAUGCAACAACAACAAGUGAUACAAGUGUACAACAAGCAACAAGUUCUGAACCUGCAACAAACACAGCAACUGAACCUCCUAUGGUAUUGGAUCCUGAACGUUGCACAACAAAAGGAAGGAACAAAAGACCACGAGGACCAUUUGUCAAAAAGAAGAAGGGAAAAACUGCAGCGCCUCCAACAGCAGACUUUGGAACAAUAACUCCAAAUUUGAGAUUAUUUUGAUUCUUUUAAUGUUUUAUAUCAAAAAUAGAAUUUAAUUUUUUCUUAAAGUUAAAGUUAAGGUUUAUGAAGUUAAAGUUUAACAUUCUGAA